AUGCCUGGAUGCCCCUGCCCUGGCUGUGGUAUGGCGGGCCGGAGGCUGUUGUUCCUCGCUGCUCUUGUCCUGGAGCUCCUGGGAGGGGCUGGGAGUUCUCAGCCAGCCCUCUGGAGCCGCGGGGCCGCAGCAGCCUGUCGCCUGGACAGCAAGGAGAGCGAGUCCUGGGGGGCCCUGCUGAGUGGGGAGAGGCUGGAUACCUGGAUCUGCUCCCUCCUGGGCUCACUCAUAGUGGGGCUCAGUGGGGUCUUCCCCUUGCUUGUCAUUCCCCUGGAGAUGGGGACUACACUGCGCUCAGAAGCCGGGGCCCGGCGCCUGAAGCAACUGCUCAGCUUCGCCUUGGGGGGUCUCUUGGGCAAUGUGUUCCUGCACCUGCUGCCCGAGGCAUGGGCCUACACAUGCAGCGCCAACCCCGGCGGUGAGGGGCAGCGCCUGCAACAGCAGCAGCAACUGGGGCUGUGGGUCAUUGCUGGCUUCCUGACCUUCCUGGUGUUGGAGAAGAUGUUCCUGGACAGUAAGGAGAAGGAGGGGCCCAGCCAGGUCCCCAGCAAAGACCCCAUGGCUGCUACUGCUGCUGCCCCUACACUCAAUGGAGGCCGCUGUCUGGCCCAGCCAGCUGCGGAGUCCGGCCUGUGCACUGUGGUCCGAAGCAUCAAAGUUAGUGGCUAUCUCAACCUGCUGGCCAACACCAUAGACAACUUCACUCAUGGGCUGGCUGUGGCUGCCAGCUUCCUUGUGAGCAAGAAGAUCGGGCUCCUGACAACCAUGGCCAUUCUCCUGCAUGAGAUCCCCCAUGAGGUGGGCGACUUUGCCAUCUUGCUCCGGGCUGGCUUUGACCGAUGGAGCGCAGCCAAGCUGCAGCUCUCGACGGCACUGGGGGGCCUUCUGGGCGCCUGCUUCGCCAUCUGUACGCAGUCUCCCAAGGGCGUAGGUACGGGCGUGGGGGCCAGCGGGCGUCCUCCUCCCACUGCAGAGGAGACUGUGGCCUGGAUCCUGCCCUUCACCUCUGGGGGCUUCCUCUACAUCGCUCUGGUGAAUGUGCUGCCAGACCUCCUGGAAGAAGACGACCCCUGGCACUCCCUGCAGCAAGUGCUUCUGCUCUGCGCGGGCAUCGUGGUCAUGGUGCUGUUCUCGCUCUUCGUGGAGUAG